AUGGCGCAAAGCGCGGUGGGAUCAUAUUCGAAUCCUCUCAAGAAAUUCAAGCUUGUAUUCUUGGGUGAACAGAGUGUUGGCAAGACUUCACUAAUAACCCGGUUCAUGUACGACUCCUUCGACACGACGUACCAGGCUACCAUCGGCAUCGACUUCCUCUCCAAAACCAUGUACCUCGAAGAUCGCACCGUCCGCCUACAGCUCUGGGACACGGCCGGGCAAGAGCGUUUUCGCUCCCUGAUCCCCUCCUACAUACGUGACUCGUCCGUCGCCGUCGUGGUCUACGACAUCUCCUCUCGCAAAACCUUCGAGCAAACACGGAAAUGGAUUGACGAUGUGAGAGGCGAGAGAGGAAACGAUGUGAUUGUGGUCCUUGUCGGGAACAAGACAGAUCUGGGCGAUUCGAAGAGGGAGGUCACCACGCAACAAGGAGAAGAGGAGGCCAAGAGAGCCGGCGCCAUCUUUAUGGAGACCAGUGCCAAGUUGGGCCACAACGUCAAGGCGCUCUUUAGGAGAAUAGCGCAGGCCCUGCCAGGGAUGGAAGGGGAAGGGGAACAGCAGCCGAAUCCCCAGAUGAUCGAUGUGUCAAUCAACAACCAGAAACCAGCCGAGGAUGGAUGCGCUUGUUGA